CUUCUCUAUAAUUAUUAAAUCUAGAUAACACCUUUUAAGGGAGGGUUCUAAACGCUAAAAUGCAGCUUUUGGACAUCGGAAUGCGAAAUUAAUGUAAAGGGGCUGAUACCCAGAGUAAUAUACCAAAUUACCACUGUAAAAUACAUGUAUGCCCCAUCUCAACAUAACCCAUGAAAUCGGCGCUAGUGAUCGGCGCCUCCCGUGGAAUAGGAAGGCAGGUCGCCAUCACCUUAUCCAGAAAUGGAUAUUCAGUGGGCGUGGCUGCGAAGACCGAGGUUUCGCAAGACUCGCUUCCGGGAACGAUUCAUGACGUAGUUAGUGAAAUCACAAAAGAAGGAGGCUUUGCAAUACCGAUUAAAUGUAAUGCAAGAAAGAGCGCAGAUAUAGAAGAUGCUGUGAAGAAAUGCAUUAAAAAAUUCGGUAAACUAGAUUUGGCUGUCUAUAAUGCUGGAGCUAUUUUAUGGAAACCCGUGAUGGAGACUCCUUUGCCUCGUUUUGACCUCCUACAUGAAGUAAAUGUCAGAGGUGCUUACGUCAUGGUCCAGCACGCACUGCCACAUUUCCUUGAGAGAAAAUCGGGAAGAAUCAUACUGGUAUCACCACCAAUUUACAAAAGGUUCUUCAAAGGGAAGACACCAUACAGCAUCAGUAAAGUCGGGAUGACUGUGUUGACGCAUGGCCUGGCUAAUGAGCUCAAAGACACUGGUGUGUCAAUUUCAUCUCUUUGGCCCGCUACUGCCAUCAAAGCUUUUGUGACGGAUAAGCUGGGGACCCCGCCCUCUGUCCUGAGAACCCCAGAUGUAUUUGCUGACGCCGUUCUUGGAAUAGCUGAAGAAAAAUCAGACAAGUUAAAUGGCUUGGCUCUUAUCGAUGAGGACUAUCUGAGAACCACCGGCAUAUCGGACUUCUCCAAGUACCGCUGUGAUCCGGAUGUGGAGCCACCCAGAAUGAUGCCACGUAAAUUCCCGGAUUUAAGUGUUGAAGAAGAAAACGAAAAAGUGUUCCCUAAAUUAUAGCAUAGCUGGUUCAGUGAGGAACUUUCACGGGCGGAUCCAGAAAUUUCUAAUUUGUUGGGGGGGGGGGGGGGGCAAAUUUUUUUUUCAAAGGCAGGUGAUCAAGUGCCUGGCCAUUUACUUAUUUAAAGCGUAAUUAUAUGUCAAAUGUCUAAAUUAGAUUCUUGUGAUUGAAUGUGGUAUAUAUAUAUGAAUAGAUUUCACUGGAACAUUUCAUUUUUUCAGUUAGCUAUUUUUUGUUUAAAAGUUUAAAUAUCUAUAUCAAUGGUCACUGUGUGAUUGAACUUUCAAAUUUCAAAUUGAUAUCAUUAAUAUGCAUGCAUUAAACUAGAUCUAUGUAAAUGUACUCAUCAUUUUGUCAUAUGAAAUAAUUUACAUGGAAUAAAAAUAAAGCUUUUUUAAUCAAA